GCCAAUGUGGGUCAAGCCAUUGGCGGCGCAGGCGCACCACGGGCUUACCUUUCCCAUUUUGUCAUACGUUGCCGCCGUCUCUUCGAGUGCUUGUUCUUCGCCCAACUGUUAUUCCGACGUCUGGGAUGAAUAUCUGGAUACUGCUCACCAGCGUACUCUUCUGUGCAUACGUUCCCCAACACACAUCAUCGGCCCACCAUGGAAAGAAAAUGGUUAAGCGCCAGGCGGUCCGCCCGGUUCAGCCACGGCCAGGAUUUAGGAUAGUCAAGGCUCGAGUGCGGCCUUCGUCUACCACGCCGCCUCCUGAAGACUACUACUACUACGAAGAAGAGCAAACACCCGCCCCACCACCGCCGAGGUUCCGCGGUCGAGGGAAGCCGCGCCUUGGAGGCCAACAGAGGCAGCCGGCGACACCCAUACCACCGCCACCGUCGUACGAGGAAGAACUUGCUCACUAUGGAUACACUUUCGCUUCGCCAAAACCAGUCAGCAAAGCUGCAUCAACGACAACCACUACGACCACCACGACCACCACGACUCCCGCUCCAACAGAUCCUCCGAGGACGCUUUCUCCAAACUACAGACAGAGAGCCGACGGUCGGAUCAUCGACUUCCGCGCUGAUCCAAACUUUCCACGCGAACUGAAGGGGGCUGACCUGACUGACUAUCCUUUCUACGAACACGUGCCUGAAAACAUCGUCUUUGAUUGCGACAAAGUGCACGACGGUUUCUACGCCAGUAUACCACACAGAUGUCAGCUCUUCCACUACUGCUUUGGAGGCUUUCGAUACGACUUCCUCUGCCCCAACUACACCCUGUAUGACCAGACGACAUUCACUUGCCGAUUCAUCAACACAGUUGAAUGCGAAAAAUCCGAACUGCAUUACAAUCGCAACGAAGCACUCUACAAGGAUACCACUACGGAAGCCCUUCCAAAAGCGACGACCACGCCAGCUCCGCGCAGGAAGUCCAUAGUGCGCAAGAAGCCCACACCAUUGACCACAACUUCUACUGCACCACCGGACGAGUAUGAGUACGAGUACGAAGACGAUGAACCCACGACCAGCACUACGACUACGACGACAACGACAGAGCGGCCAAAACGCAGGAGACUAAGGCCCAGGCUCAGGCAACGGCCGGGCCAGCCGGGCACCCCUGAACCCACCUCCAAGAAGUAAACCCCAUUUUGUGAUUGUUUUCAUCUGCUAGGACUCAAGAACUAUACCUUGUCCUGUUCCCAUGAGAGAUUUUUUCGCGGGUUGGGGAUCCCGACCUUCAUUUCGGCGCGCGUUGUGCAUAAUUCGAAUUCGUCACCUGCUUGAAGCUUUAUUCCGAUUCGCAAGGCAGCUAUAUGUUAUGGUUUCACAUACUAUAGCACACCGUGUAUGCAACUGCUCUGUAAUUCCUGCUUUGAGUGAUAGGCAUCUACUCCAACAAGGAGGCGGAUGCAGGACCGAAGUUUGCCUGGGGACACACAUUUCUUAAGUAGGGCUUGCGACAGAAAAUAGAAUGUAAGAAGUAAACGUAUCGAAAAAGCC